GACAUCUUGGAGGGAUGCAUGUCUCCUCUUGCGCUGUCCCCUUACGCUGGCUGGGUUCUAGACAGACUGAUUGGGCAAUCAGCCCCAGAAGUUGCACCCUCCAGAAGUUCAACACCUAAAGAAUCCCCUCCCCUCACAAACCAGUCAUCUCUGGAGAAAUCUGCUAGUUGCCAGGGCUCUUCACCUUCUUCAACUACAGGACCAAGUGAAACAAAGGGAAAUGAUGAUCUCAGUCUGCUGGAAACGGAUCAAGAAGUCCUUCCAGCAGUUAUGCCAUCGAAAGUUACAGAAGUUGAAGGCUGCAUUCGGAUGUAUGAAGAGGUGCACAGGUUGAAAGGAAAGGAGGGGCUGAGGCGACGGCAGGAGCAGCAAGAGCAGAUGGUGAGGGCAGUGUAUGACCUGGCAAGUGAACAACUGAAACGCUUUGAUGAACUGAAGGAGCUAAAGCAGCAUCAGGAAUUCCAAGACUUGCAAGAUAUAAUGGAGAAGAGCUCCAAGGAGGCCCAGGGACAGCAAGAGAAGUUGAAGGAAGAACACCGACACAGAGCUAAGAUAUUAAACCUAAAACUGCGCGAGGCAGAGCAGCAGAGGCAGCGUCAGGAAGAGCUGGAGCGUUUGCGUAAGGAAGAGGGCCAGGAAAGAUUGCGUCGCCUUUAUUCCAUCCAGGAGGAGGUCCUGCAGCUUAACCAGCAGAUCGAUCCCAACUACAGACACAAAGACUUGCCAAGAGUCGACCUUUCCGCGUACAGUAAUCGCGGCAACCAGAUCUGCGGGCUGGUGUCGGGACUCAUCCGCACCACAAGUGAGAGAGGCUUCCCUACUCAAGCAGACGUGGCUAAUACCGAACGAGCGCUGCAGGAGAUGCGAGGGUUGAUAUCCAGCAUGCAGCAAGAAAUCGCUGCGGCUGUGGAAGAAAAGAAGAGGAGAGAUGAAGAGGAAGAGAGACAGAAGCAGAAGGAGUUACUGAAAAAAGAGCAGAUGAAGGCUCAGAGUCCAGCCCCUGCCCAGCAGUCAGGUGGAAAACAGCAGAAGGAAGGACUUCAAGUUAAGGCAGAAGAAAGUACCAUGCAGUGGUACCAGCAGCUUCAAGAUGCUGCUGAGCAGUGUGUUGCUUCUUUCAGUGGAAUUAGCAAAUGCAAAGACAACAAUGAGGUUAAGAAGAUAAAAACAGACUUGCAGAAAGCAGCUACCAUCCCUGUGAGUCAGAUCUCUAGAAUAGCAGGCUCUCAGCUGAGAGAGAUAUUUGACAAGAUCAAUAACCUGCUCUCUGGAAAGUCUGUUCAAACUGGAGGGCGAACUGUAUCAGUGACUCAGCAUCCACAGGGUCUUGAUUUUGUUUAUUACAAACUUGCGGAGAAAUUUGUGAGUCAGGGAGAAGAAGAAGUAGCUUCUCACCGUGAUGCAGCUUUCCCAAUUGGUGUGGUCGCCUCUGGAAUCUGGGAAAUACAUCCUCGAGUUGGAGACCUCUUUUUAGCUCAUCUGCACAAAAAGUGCCCUUAUUCCGUGCCAUUUUACCCUGCGUUGAAAGAGGGGACUUCUAUGGAAGAGUAUCAGAGGAUGCUUGGAUAUCAAGUUAAGGAUUCUAAAGUGGAAGAGCAAGAUCAUUUUCUUAAACGGAUGUCAGGAUUGAUUCGUCUUUAUGCUGCCAUCAUUCAGCUCCGGUGGCCUUACGGAAACAAACAAGGGACACAUCCUCACGGGCUGAACCACGGAUGGCGCUGGCUUGCGCAGAUGUUGAAUAUGGAGCCUCUGGCAGAUGUGACAGCUACACUUCUCUUUGAUUUUCUGGAGGUGUGUGGCAAUGCUCUCAUGAAACAGUAUCAGGUUCAGUUCUGGAAAAUGAUGUUGUUUAUCCGAGAAGACUAUAUCCCAAGAAUUGAAGCAAUUACCAGCUCUGGACAGAUGGGCUCUUUAAUGCGUUUCAAGCAAUUCUUGGAGAAAUGUCUACAGCAGAAGGAAAUUCCAUUACCAAAGGGCGCUCUGCAGUCUUCCUUCUGGAGAUCAUAA